UAAAAAAUGAAAGAAAAAGAAUAGAAUAUGGUUAUAUGGUGGAUAUUGCAGUAAAGGCAGACCUUCCAUCAUCCAUGCUGAAGGAUGAGAGAGACAGGCAGCUAGCUGGUUAGAGAGAGAAAGCAGAGAAAGAAAGUAAUGGUGUUUUUUUUUAUGGGGUUUAAGGGAGGGUUUUAGGUCUACCAACUGGUUGUUAGAGAUUGAACUCCUUAACCAAACACAUACACACAAUCUUCAAUCAACCAGCCAAAGAGAAAGAAAGAACCCAACUCAAGAAUUGCAACAACAACAACAACAACAAUAACAAGAAGCAAUUGUCUCAACAGCAACAGCAACAGCAACAAAAUCAACUACAACAAAUAACCAGAUACAAUAAGAAGUCAAGCUCCCAACCACUUCUUCAGUUCUUCUUAUUCAACUGGGGUUAAUUUCAAGCAAGACCCAAAAGCCAAAACCCUCUAAAAAGUGGAAAAAGAAAAACUAUUUCAGAAAGUUACACAAAGAUAGCCAAAAAGAGAAAGUUAUCAUUUUUUUUCAGUUUCUUUUUUUCUUUCAAAAAAAAGGAGAGAGAAAUAGAAAGAGAAAGGGAAGGAAGAUGCUCACGUGGGGUUUUGAUGAAAUGAUGGUUAGAGAAUAUGUGAUGAGAGAAAAAGAUCAAAAGUGAGGAAAUUUAUUCAUUGCUACUUCCAAUUGUCACUCUUCUUUUUCUUUUUGUUUUAAUUAAAAAAUAAGAAAGGAAGGAUUUUUAUCUGUUAUUAUUCUUGCUGUAUAAUUCUUUGUAAAUUGUAUGCAAAGUUGAAUAGAAAGUGUGUAAUAAAAAGUGAAGUGCUGUGUUGUUGUCAUUUUUAUUGUAUUGGGAUCAUCAGAUUUGUUUAUCAGCAGAUCAAGUGGUGUUUUUGAGGUUUUCUGUUCCCCAAAGCACCCACAAGUGUUACUGAUUUUCAGGGAGGGCGUGAAACAUGCAUGUAACUUAAAAGUACCAAAUUCAAAUUCUGCACUUCUGUUUUUUCCAAUUUGAGACAUUCUUAUAGCUGUUGGUGAUGGAACCCGUUUCCAGUGGCCUUUUCAGUUGCUCGGAUGAUUAUGUAAUCUCUGACGUUAGUAACCAGGGAGGAAAGUCUGAAGACUAAAGAAUAGAUAUGGCUACAUAUUAUGCUAGUACAAAUAAUCAAAGAGAGGCCGUGCCGAUGAUAUAUAUGCCAGGUUCAUAUUCAGAGGCUCCAGUUCUUCCUGGCAAUGUGAUGAUGUAUAUGAAUGCUGGAUCAUACUCAGAUACCUUGGCAGGGAAUUCCCAGCAACAAAACAACUGCAUUGAGAUUCAGUCUGUGGAGGCUUCAGAUUCAACCCCGCAGCAGCAAGAAAUCUUGUCAAAUCUCAGUGGAUCACGAAUGGGGCAGCAUGAUUUAAAUGCAUGGAGGGAUGGUAGAAAUGAGAUGCUAGUUAUGCAUUCAAUGGCUGGACCUUCCAGCAUUCUUCUUAGUGGCCAGAACUUGCAAGGCCAGGGCUUGUCCCUCAGCCUUGGCACGCAAAUUCCAUCCGGAAUCCAAAUGCCCUCCAUCUCCUAUAGGAACCCCAGUCCAGGCUUGGCUUCAUUCCUAAGUCCUACUCCAUCAAUUAUGGGUGAGGGAGGUGGCAGGAAUAGCUCAUCUAGAGAUGAAGAACCGAAACAUGCUGAAUAUCUGCCACCUGGGUUUUCAGGAGGUAAUCAAGAUUCAAACAAAGGGGCUUUAUCUCCAUAUGGAAUAACAAGUGUUGCAAGAACUAUUCCAAGUUCUAAGUAUCUUAAGGCAGCACAACAACUGCUUGAUGAAGUUGUCAGUGUUCGAAAAGCUCUGAAGCAGCCUGACAAAGAGAAAAACCAAAACAGAGAUGAGCAUGGGAUGAAUAGUUCAAAUGAGGGUGAUGGAAAAUCAAAGGAUGGCUCAUCCAACCCUCAGGAAUCAACCAAUAACUCACCAAAUGAGCUUUCACAUGGUGAAAGACAAGAAUUGCAGAAUAAGUUGACAAAGCUAUUGUCCAUGUUGGACGAGGUUGAUAGAAGGUACAAACAGUACUAUCACCAGAUGCAGAUUGUGGUGUCAUCUUUUGAUGUGAUAGCAGGAUGCGGGGCAGCUAAACCAUACACAGCACUUGCCCUCCAAACUAUAUCUCGCCACUUUCGGUGCUUGCUUGAUGCAAUAAGUGGCCAAAUUCGAGCAACUCGUAAAAGCCUUGGGGAGCAAGAAACAUCAGAAAAUGGUAAAGGGGUUGGAAUAACUCGGCUGCGGUAUGUGGAUCAGCAGCUCAGGCAACAGAGGGCUCUUCAGCAGCUUGGAAUGAUGCAGCAACAUGCAUGGAGGCCACAAAGGGGUUUACCUGAAAGCUCCGUUUCAAUUCUCCGUGCUUGGUUGUUUGAGCAUUUCCUUCACCCUUACCCGAAGGAUUCUGAUAAGAUCAUGCUGGCAAGGCAGACGGGCUUGACUAGAAGUCAGGUCUCAAAUUGGUUUAUCAAUGCACGAGUGCGUCUUUGGAAACCCAUGGUUGAAGAGAUGUACAAAGAAGAGAUUGGUGAUGUAGAGAUGGACUCCAACUCUUCUUCUGAAAAUGCAGCCAGAGUAACAAAAGGCGACAUGGGAACAUCUGAAGAUAGAGAGGAAGAAAUGCAACAAAGUGCUAGCUCAGUAGCAACUGAAAGGUGUAGUGCUGGACCAUUGAUGGAUUCCAAAUCUGUCCAUGCUUCUGAUGUAGAGAUGGCAGGAUCAACUACAAGAAGCAAUUUCCAUAAUAUCAUGCGUGGAGAGGCGAUUACUGAUUAUGGAUUACUCAGGCUAAGGGAGGAGCAAAGGCCCAGUAUGGAUGAUUGCGGUCUUUUCCCUGACGCCAUUGUUCACUCCGAUGGGGGUGGUAAUAGGUUCAUGGCAGCAGCAGCUGCUGCUUAUCAAAUGUCGGAGGUAGCGAGGUUUGGGAGUGGAAGUGGAGUGUCUCUUACACUGGGGUUGCAGCACUGUGAUGAUGGUAGCUUGCCGAUGUCUGCCACAACCCAUCACAGUUUUGUUCCGAUGAGAGGGGAUGAUAUCUAUGGUGCAGCAGCAUCUUCCGUAGGUGCUGAGACCACUGAUUUUGAUUGCCUGAAUCCAGGGAACAGGGAACAUAGGUUUAGUUCCUCCCAUUUAUUACAUGAUUUCGUAGCAUGAAUAAUCACACGGGUCAUAUUUGAAUUACUUGGGGACAGUUGCAGCCGACUUUUUCUGUUCCUUUAGGAAGAUUCAUCUCAGUUUCAAGUGGUGAUUGUGCAUAAAACACAGUUGUAGCAUUUUGAAAGGAAUUGGUUGGAGGCUUAGCAUAUAUUGUAAAGAUACAUAUUUUUAUCUAAUAUGUGGAAGGAAGUGUACAAUUAAUGAUAACUUUUGUGUCAAAAAAGGGAAAAACAAAAGGAACAAAAAAAAGUCUUGGUUUGAAAUAAAGAUGGUCAAAAUUGGCA